GGCGGAGCAGCUGGGGGUUGUAAGGUGACGCCAGGAUGCUGCUGUCCCUUGGAAUGCUGAUGCUGUCGGCCACACAGAUUUACACCAUCUUCACUGUUCAGCUCUUCGCCUUCCUCAACCUGCUGCCCGUGGGGGCCGACAUUGCUGCCUACUCGUUUGACAACAAAACGGAGAACUUUGACGAUCUGCCGGCGCGGUUUGGCUAUCGGCUGCCCAGCGAUGGGCUGAAGGGCUUCCUGAUCGGGGCGCGACCAGAAAAUGCGUGUGAGCCCAUCGAGCCCCCGCCCAGGGACAACAUGACGGGCGCCUACAUCGUCCUCAUCAAGCGCUUUGACUGCAACUUUGACAUCAAGGUCCUCCAUGCUCAGAAAGCCGGAUACAAGGCCGCCAUUGUUCACAAUGUGGUCUCCGAUGACUUAAUCAGCAUGGGAUCCAAUGAUCUGGAUAUUAUGAAGCAGAUAGAUAUUCCCUCUGUGUUCGUGAGCGAGCAAACGGCCAACUCUCUAAAGGAAGACUUUGCGUUUGACAAAGGGGGACAUGUGGUCCUCAUGCCAGACUUCAGCCUGCCGCUGGAAUACUACCUGAUCCCCUUCCUCAUCAUUGUGGGAAUCUGCCUCAUCCUCAUCGUUGUUUUCAUGAUCACUAAGUUUGUCCAGGAUCGUCACAGGGCUCGGAGGAGCCGCCUGCGCAAGGAUCAGCUCAAGAAACUUCCCAUCCACAAGUACAAGAAAGGGGACAACUACGAUGUGUGCGCCAUUUGCCUGGACGAAUACGAAGAAGGGGACAAACUGCGUGUGCUGCCGUGUUCUCAUGCCUACCACAGCAAGUGCGUGGACCCCUGGCUGACCAAAACCAAGAAGACGUGUCCGGUGUGCAAGCAGAAGGUGGUCCCCUCGCAGGGCGACUCCGACUCCGAGGAGGGGGGCAGCGGCCCGGACGAGAACGAGGAGGUGUCGGAGAGCACCCCGCUCCUGCGCUCCCUGGCGUCCACCAGCGCCCACUCCUUCGGCACCAUGUCGGGAGCCUCGCGCUCGGAGCACGAGCAGGAGUCCUCCGACUACGAGGACGACGAGCUGGACAGCAGCGAGGAGGAGGAGGAGGUCACCGUGGAGACCGUGGUGGUGCAGAUGCAGCAGCCCUGCCCCGAGGGCCUGGAGCACGACCUUCCCCGAGCUUGACCCGAUCACCCUGCCCUCCCUGAAACCACGCGGGUGCAGAGACGUUGGGUUGGAGGGCCACGAAAUAGUUUUUCUGGCACCGCUUACAGGACCGCCGUUCAAUUAUCAUUUUUUAAACAUGAUUACAGCUGCGCGACAGGAAGUCAGCGUGCGUAAGGCAGACACGGAGCUACAAUAGGCUUUUAUGCUGUACUUGGUUCAGACGUGCCAGACACGCUCAUUCAUUUAAAGUGUAAUCACUAAGUCAGCUUUAUCCUAAAGUUAUUGUACAUACAUGUUCAUGCUACACUGACACUUUUCGGACUGCUAGGCAGUAUUCUUGUAAAAAUUCAAUUUAACAUUUAAGGCCACAGCGAUAUGAUUUUGCCAAUUUAUUUCUAGCCUCGUGCAUCUCUGGUGCUUGUCUGUUCUGCGCCAGUUUAUUAGUGGUUUGCACAAAAGGAAACUGCUUGUCAUUACUUGGCUUUUCUUUGGUUUAUGAGACCUGUUGCCUUGUUAGUGUUUUGCUCAUGUAUAACUGUUCCAUAAUUUACUUCAAUAAAAUUACUUUAUUGGCUCUAUUCCAUCAAAACAGUAAACAUUUAAUUCCCAGUUAACACCAACUGUCAGCUCUAAACGUGUUCAUAAAUCUGGCAUGACUCAUUAGCAAGUGCAAAAUUGACGUCAGAAAAAGCCCAAAUUUGUGAAAAUGACCGGAUUAACAAAUGGCUGAACUUUUCAGUUUGGUCGGCUAAUUCACUUGUCCCAUUUCCUCAGACUCCCAAACUAAAUACUGGUUUUCACAUGUUGUGCUAAGCAGCUUAAUACGCAGAUUUACAACUGGUGUAUUCUCUCAUCCAAUCUAAAUAUGAACAAAUGCGUGGAAGUCAGUAUAACAUGGACAGUAAACAUACAUCUGGUUGGAAUAAAUUUAUUUGAUCUGUCAUUAAACAAGGUGAUAAAUCAAUUUAUGGCAUUUCUUGGUUUUAUGCAUUUGAAGUCAGAUGCAUCAAAUAGAAAAAAGUGGUGAAGAAAAAAAAAAAAAAAA